CGCAUGGAGAGCACGUGCGAAGCGGGUUAACUGUGUGCUCUAAAAACGUGUCCUGUGUACACUGGCCGUGAGCGUGUGUGUGUAUGUGUGUGAAAAUCAAGAUUUUGAUGUGAGAAGAAAAUCAUCAAUUCUUUUUUUUUUUGGUGAACAAAAAUUAGGGAAAUAGUACAUAGCGUAAACGACAGAUAGAAAGAAGCCAAUGCGCUAUGGAGCUGGCUCACUAAAAUAAGGCGUACUUGUGUUGCAUACGUAUAUGCAUAUGUAUAUGAAUAAGCAACUGAAAAUAUGCAUAAAUACUAUGAAACAUGAAAGUCUAAAGCUUAAUAGUUGAAUUAAAAGCAGUACCACUCGGAUCAGAGGCUUCAGUUGUGCACUUUUUUUACAAAAAUAUAUUGAGCGUGUCCAAUAUGUGGAUGACACUUUAGGUAACAGAUGAGCGCUUGCAAACGAGCGAAACACAAUGACAAUGGAUGGCGAACCGAUGUCAUUCACCAGUCUGGCGCUGCUGCUGCUACUGGCGAUAGCAUUCAUUAUGUUUGCCUGUCAUUGUUUGGGACCACGCGCCAACACAUGGAUGCGUUCGAAUAAGGAAGAGAAGAUUGGAUUAUCGAAGAACAAACUUUUUCAUGCGAAUGGAUAUAUGAUUCAUUCGGGCUCGGAGUUUUUACUCAGUAAUAGCGGUAGCUUUAAACGUUUUGAUACUAUCGAUAAGGACGACUACCGACAGUCAGGUCAACAGCCAACACAACACGCCACCACCCCACUGUGGAAUCUCGCUGGCGAGGCGGAAGUUGACUCGAAUAUACCGCCACAACCUUUGCGCCCAGCACCAGCACCGGGUACACAGACGCCCGCCAGUGCCGGUCACAUAAAGACCGUAACUUUUUCAUUUCAGCAAAUCAAUGAGACCGCUCCUAAUCACGAGGAGAACUCGCGUGGACGUUGCAAUAGCGCAUCAACAACAACAACACCGUUCAAGCGUUCGUCUAUGAAGGGCUCGAAUGUGACCAUACCGAAACCGUUGGAUGCACCACCACCGCCACGGUUGUCGGCUUCGUCGUCAGCGUUGAGUGCCAGCGCCAUUCCACGUCCAGUGGCCAAGCGACAGGUGUCACUGCAAAAUGUGGGCAACGGUACGGCGGCUGUUGUGGGUGGACAGCGGGAAACAAUCACAAUUGCAACAACAAUACAGGAAACAGAAGCUUUAUCCACAACAACAACAACAACAACAAACACAAAUGGUCAACACAGUCACCCGAAGACGUUGACGCGUCGCAAUUCCAGCACAAAUCCAUUUCUAUGUGAAUCCGCUGACAACUUAACGGAAUCAAGCACUGCCUUGCAACAACAACAACCACUACAACUACAACAUGAACCAAUGGAAUUACAGCAAGCUCAUCAACAACAACACACAAUGGCCAAUGGAUAUGCUAGCAAUGAGUCCGUGAACUCUACGCCUACCACACCGCCAGCAAUAACAACAAACACAAAUGGCUCAUGUAAUCCCUUCUACAACAACGAACCGCCUCAAGUAACAGAGGGUUUAACAGUUAACUCCAACUCGCAUACCAACACCACACCAACAUCAUUAAACGCCAAAUCACUACAACAACAAUUUCAAGAGUUUCGCAAUCGCUCCCUUUCCACUGCGGAAGCGUCAACCGAAGACGCCGAGCUGAAGUCGCUCUCAAGUGGUCUCCGACGGCUGGCACAGAACUCAACAAAUCCUUUCACCGGCUUAACGCAACGAGUACAAAAAGGUCCACACAUGUUACAGAAAACCAUCUCCGAAGACUUCCUCUUCCGCAAGCUGGGCGUUAGCACAAACGGCGCACAAGGCGCACAUCAUGGCACACAGAGCGCGGGUGUCGGUGGUAAUACCACUUGGACCUUUGGCCGUUCGCUGCUGCGUCAAGACUCGCUAAUGAGCCUUGGACGACGAAAUAGUUCGCAAUGUUCACUCGAUUCCACGGCUGGUGGUUCAAUGGAGGGCAUUAAUUUAGAGCGAGCUAUCUCUUGUGACUCGGUGAACUCGGACACCUCUUCGGUGUUUGUGGGCGAAUUAGAUCAGCCAUAUACACAGAUAACGGGAUAUCUAUGUGUUGGUUUGCAAUAUGAAAAAAAUUCCAUUACCGACGAGGGAAUGGAGCUCUCUGUUAUGGUGCUAGAGGCAAAGGGGCUAAUUUGUCCUUUUAACGUCGAGUCGUUAGACACUUUUGUGCGCAUUUAUCUUGUACCAGACGAGGCAGCUGCAAUGCAGACGAAGGUAUUCAAAGACUCCAUUACGCCUUGCUACAAUGAAACAUUUAAUUUUUGGCUAAAAAAGCAACAUGGUCGCCACUCACUUUGGUUCCAUUUGUAUCACAAUGGCGACGCACAUACGCUGAUCGGUGAAGCCGAAAUGGAAAUCGGCGAAAUGCCACGAUCCGUCACCACAUGGAUACCGCUAACGGAUUCGCGCAAAUGCAAUGCACAAUGGGGUGAACUGAUGUUCUCGUUGAGCUAUUUGCCGACAGCCGAACGCCUUACGAUUGUUGUAGUGAAAGCAAGAAAUUUAAAAAUGGAAAUAAAAGAGAAUAAUAGUAAUAAGACAGCGACGUCACAGCAGGUGCAAAGCGUUUUCGUGAAGGUCUACCUGAUGCACAACGAGAAGAAAGUGCUGAAAAAGCGAACCUCACUCAAACGUCAGGAGCGCGCACCCAUCUUUAAUGAGUCAAUGAUCUUUAGUGUGCCACCAGCAAGCCUAACAACCGUACAACUACGUCUCACUGUUUUCGGUGUGACCGAAGCUGAGGAUGGUACGCCGCGUAUAACUGCCAUCGGCCAUGUGAUAGCCGGCGCCUGUGCAACCGGUAAGGGUUUACGGCAUUGGCAUCAAAUGCUCUCCUCGCUGCGCAAGCCGGUGGCUAUGUGGCAUGUAUUACGUCGCGCUUCCUAUCAGCCAAUCUUUACCGGUGGCGCCGAGGCGGUGGUGGCCGCCAUGCAAAGCACAGCUUUACGUGCCAAGCGCAACAGUAUUAUUUAAAUGAAGAAUGAUGGCCGUAGGAGUGAGGAGUUACAUCUUUUCUUUUUCGAUUUAAAAAUUCGGUUGUAAGUAGACACGCCGCCGCCUCCCUUUUUUAUGUGGCGUUUGUGGAGUUUAUUUCGAGAUCUCUGUGAAACGCGUUGCCACUUUGCGACACUAAUCUAACUUAGAAUCACGAAAACCAACCGGAAUUUAUGCCCGCAUAUUAUCUACUCUCGCACAUAUUAACCAAUCAAACUGGUUGUUGCCCUUUGCAUACUCUUUGGCAUUUAACCCAGAAUAAGACUUGUAAUUCAGUAUUUUGUAUUAUGUAUUUUAAUUUUUACUUUUAUACUUCAAGAAAAAUCCAAUUGAUAUUCAAAGACUUGCCUAUUUAUUGUCAAAAGUCUAUAUGCAAAUAUCUACUCUUCCCCUCCCAUUUUCUAUAUAUAAUAUAUAUAUAUAUAUAUCUCGCUCUCUAUCUCGCUCUCAUUCAUUCACUUAUACUCAGUAUUUAAUAUAUGAUAUUAUAAUAUUAGAAACAAUAACAACGCACGUGGUUUUCCGCACAAUAUUCCUACUAACUAUUCAAAAGUACAGCACUCUACCAAAGUACAUAUGUACAUACGUACGUACAUAUAUACAUAUAUACUCGUAUAAUCAUAUUUACCUACUACUAAAACUAUCACUCCUAGUCCAAAAAGAAAUGCAACUUUUACCUUUAAAUCGUGGAUCGUGAAGAAAAAAAAGGCAUUAGAAA